AUUGCAUUUUGCAAAUAACAUUAAAUUAAAUGUAAAUCACCUAUUCGUUGUUAUGUUAAAUAAUACUGCUUCUAACAUUGCUUCAUUUUCCACUUCCUCUUCUACGUCAAGAGACAGAAAAGAAAAAGUAAAUAACAAAACAAAGCGAUAAAAAAAAUAAAAUAAAUUUUGAAAUUUAACAGCAUGUUAUAGAUUUAAUAAUGGAAAAUAUUGUGCACAAAUUUGCAACGAUUAGUUUUCAGCCACAAGAGGUUGUCUUAACAGAGAAUCGCUCUGCGCCAACAUCCAAGUUUACUUGGAAUCAAAAACCAAUGGCGCCCACAAAUGCAACCGAUGAUAUGCUGGACUCGGAAAGCCCUGCCACCGACCAAUCAGAUGAGGUGGAUUCACAGCUAAGUCGCUGCGAGGACAACGAUGAAAGCGAUAGCUACAGCAGCAGUUAUCGCAAUGGUCGUCGCGGCGGUGUUUCCCGACGACGAAUGCCAGCUCGCGUCUCCAAAGACAACUUUAAUCGUGUGUGCAGCACCAUUAUGCGUACAGAAGUUAAGAAGAAACGUAGGGAGCUGCACACUAAUGAACAGAUGCUGCGAAGCAUUGAGAAAAUCUACACGAACAAGCGCAUGAAGAAAUUUACGCCUACUAGUCUAGAAACGAUAUUCGAAGAGCCCAGCGAUGAAAAUGCAGCCGAUGUGGAGGACGAUAGCGAGGAGUGCGCCAUCACCAGUCAAGUGCGCGUUGUUAAAUUUGGUUCUCGCAAGCUGCGACGGGCCAUCUCUUUCAACGAUGGCCUCACCAAAAACAAGAAUCUGAUCAAGAAACGUCGCUUGAAGGUGAAAAAAACGUUUGGCAAGCGUUUCGCACUUAAAAAGAUCUCAAUGACCGAAUUCCACGAUCGGCUCAACAAAAGUUUGGAUAGCGCCAUGUUUGAUUCUGCGGACGAUGUACCAACUAGCAGCAGCAUGGAAAUCAGAUCUACAGUCAGUUCAUUCAUGGAUGACAUGCAUCUGGCGAGACAUACGCCGGCAUUUGAAUAAAUAGGAGAAGCAGUUGUUAGGUUAGUCGCUGAGAAGAAGCUUCGUUGACCGCAUGACGAGGAGAAUUGAGCAGGCAACAAUUACAAUAACAAGUGAUAAGUAUAUUAAGAGAUUGGACAAAGAUGACAGAUGGAGUAGAUGUUUCCUCCUGAUUACCAAAAUUCAAGUAGAUAGCAGACGCAGUAAAUGAUAUCUCCUUCUCGCCAGCAGUCGAGUAUAUAAAGUAGAUGGCUGCUCGAUGCCAGAAUUCGAGCCAGCUAGACGGGAGCAAGCAAGGCGGAGGAGAAUUCUUGUAAACUAAUCGAAAAGAAGCUGGUCAAGAUAGAAGACUUACCCAAUCAAUUGCAAUCUUUCUUGACUAUGUGUCCAAUUGCAAUCAUCGGACUUCUUAUUGCCUGGUCAAUUGUACUGAUUAUCAAUUUAGAUAAGAUAAACAUAAGAUUUUUAUUUAAUUUGUAGAUGUUACGUUCAUUGUUUAUGUAUAGUUUAC